CUUAAUGAUAAAGUUCAAUAUCUGUCAUAGCACAUUCCUUUUUAUUUUGCAUUUUUUUCAAAUAAUUACUCAUGUGAAGCUUUGAAUUCCCAAAGUAAGCACUAUUUUUAAUCCUUUUAAGAUUUCACAAUUGACCAGUGUGUUGGUGCAUGCCUGUAAUCCCAGCACUUCAGGAGGUGGAGGUAGGAGGAUUGAGUUUCAGGCUAACAUGGGCUACCUAGCAAGACCCUGUCUCAAAAAGACAAAAAAAAAAAAUCCAGAAAACGUGUGUAUGUGAACACACACACGUUCAAUAAUAAUAUGGUGUGUUUAAAUUUAGGUGAUUUAUUUAAAGUAGAAACUGGUAAGUGGUAACAUGCCACAUUAAAAUGCAACAAACCUAGAUAUUUUACGUGACUUUCAACUAAUUAUUUUUUUCUUCACACAGUGUUCAUGCUAUGGAAAGCAGUGCCCUCAGGAUAUUAAAAGAGAGAAUGAUUUCACAAAAAACUGACCUCACUCAUGCUUUCCAACUUCAAGACCGUAGUAGAUCAGGAAAAAUUUCAGUGGCCCAGUGGGCUUUUUCUAUGGAAAGCACUUUGGGGCUGAACUUACCAUGGAGAUCCCUGAGCUCACAUCUGGUAAACACAGAUGAAGAUGGAAAUGUUGACUACAUGUCCAGCUUCCAGGAUAUCCACAUUGAAAAACCUGUGAAAAAGGUUAAAUCUACUGUACUCGAAACUCUGUACAGGUAUCGAUCUGACCUGAAAAUCCUGUUUAAUAUCAUUGACUCUGAUCACUCAGGCCUGAUCUCCAUGGAAGAAUUUCGGACCAUGUGGAAACUUUUCAGUGCUCACUACAAUGUUUGUAUUGAUGAUUUGCAAGUUGAUGAGCUCGCCAACAUAAUGGACUUAAACAAAGAUGGAAGCAUUGACUUUAAUGAGUUUUUAAAGGCUUUCUAUGUAGUGCAUAAAUAUGAUAACUUGAACAAAUCAAACACCAACAUUGCUAAUGAUGAUCGAAGACCACCCUCAACCUCUUUUUAAACAGCUGAACCCAAAUUUCAGUGUUUUCCAGGGUACUUGAAAUCAUAGUAAUAGAGAAAAGGAGACUCCAGUUCAUGACACAAACACAUGCACAGAAUGAGUGUUUGAAGUCCUUAGCAAACUAUUAUUGUAAAGAAAAGGUUAAAUAUCCGCUGAUAGGAUUUACCUCCAGUGUUAGGACCCACACAUUGCCAGUGAGGAAUUGAGUUUGAGCCUAGUAUGGGUCUCUUGGAUGCUAACUCACCUGGAGACCAGAGCAAUUUGGAAUCAUACUGAAAGGAACUCACAGGGCACCAGAGACAACAUUAAGUGCAACAUUUGUGAAUGACCGAAGAAUGGGAGGGGGAAUACCAAACUAUUAAUGGAAUAAACUGUUUCCAGCUUUAAACUGUAAUCUUUUUCUGAGAUUCCAUAAGUGAAUGAUUCUUAAUCAUGGGGAAAGCACCCAUUAGGGAUGGGGACCAUAUCAGAUUAUGAAAAUUAUUUUCAUUUCUGUUGGAGAUGUAAAAUUAAUAAUUUUUAAGUUUAGGUGAAUAGACUAUUUCCUUAAGAGAGACAUAAUUUACUAAAGUUCACUCAAGAACAAAAGGAGAGUCUGUAGAAACAUACAGCCAUUGAAGAACAUGAUGGCUUUGUAAUGGGUCAAUGUGGCUAGGGUGAACAUCCUUUCUCAGAAUUCCCUUUCUUGCUAUUUCUGAUUAGGGAGGGCCACAAGGGAAAUUUUUGAGAUCUGGUUGCAAAAGGGAAGCAUUAGCCAUUUUGUAGGUCAACCAUGCUGAUACAGAGAUUCACCUUGUUGGUAUGCUCUACCUUCUGCUGGAUUUUUUGUCACCUUCACUGAUUUCUGCACUGUGUUUGUGUGCUUAACCCCAAGAUGCAGUGCCCUGUAUCCUGCAAGAAACCCUCAUUACCAAGGUCAGAGGCAGUAAGAAUGGACAUAAGCUCCAGUUCCUUCUUGUGGGGUGCCAGUGUGUGUGUGUUUUGGGGGGAGGGUUCAGCUGGCUUCUGAUCUUCCUGACUGUGAACGUCAAGCUCCUGCACCAGACAUAGAUACCACAGCCUUACAGAGAAAGCUUAACCAGCUCCCACAUUUGUAGAAGUCACUUCUACUGAUUCUAUGUAUACAUAAACAGAAUCAGUAUAUACAUAUACAAAGUCAUGUGUCCACAAUGACAGGGAUACAUUCUGAGAAAUGCAUCAUUAGUUAAUUUCAUCACUGUGUGAACAUCAUAGAGUGUUUUUAAGACUAAAACAGCUAUAUGUCACUGGGCAGUAUAAUCUCAUGAGACCAAUAUCAUACAUGCAGUCUGUCAUUGACCAAAAUGUACUUAUGUGGCACAUAACUAUAUGUUUCCUACUGGUCUGUCUCUGGUUGAACACUGAUACAGAAUUUAAUUCUGAGAGUAGAUCCAGAAAAAGAAAGUUUUAAGCAUGAGUGUUCUGAGUUGGUCCUGGAUUUUCUGGAGUUAGUUCUGAAAUUCAAUUAGAUUUAAAAGCACUUUCCAGUACUAAAGAAGAUGCUUGGAAUCCAUGGCAUGAAGUAGCAAAAUAGAUAGUCAGAUUAUCACCAUUUAUUAAGAACCCAAAAAGCAGGACUAAGAGACCAAAUAUUUGCUAUUUUAGAACAUUUUAGUCAAAAUACAUUUAGUUAGGGUUGGUUGGUUGUUGCUGAAAAACUUGAAGAAAAUGAUCAACACAGUGCUUUAAAUUCUCAAGGCAUUCGUAAAGGACCUGAAAGUUUCUGUGACUACCCUGAGUGGGGGAAAAACCUUGUCUCAUAUAGCCAUGGGGUUGAGAUUUCUGAAACUCAGAAUCUAAUUCUGGGAACAAUUGAGUGACAACAUAUAAUAAAUUCCUGACCUCACAGGGUCUCUGCUAUGACUUGAUUGUCCAGUCCAAAUAUCUGUUGACAUCUAAUUGCCAUUGUAACAGUGUUAAGAGGUGGGACCCUUAAGAGGUGAUUAGGAGAUGAAGGCUUUGACCUAAUGAAUGAAUUAGUGCCAUUAUCAUGGUUCCUGAUAAAAAAAAAUGAGUUUGACCCAAUUUUCCUUCUCUCUGUCUCACAUGAGCUUGCUUGCCCUCUGCCAUGUUUUGAUGCAACACAAAGGCCCUCGCCAGAUGCCAGUAUCAUGUUAUUGGAUUUACCACCCUCUGGAACCGUAAGCCAAAUAUACUUCUAUUGAUUAUUAAUUACUCGGUCUGUGGUUUUCUGUUUUAGCAUCAGAAUAAAAGACUAAAUUUCUUUUGUUGAAGUGAGGGGUCAUUGGGAAGAAAUGGCAUUGUGAAAAUUAGAAUGAGGACCCAUGGACAGGCUCUGAUUCACAUCUUUUGUAAGACAAGCAGUGCUUCUAUCUCUGCCUGAGGAAUUGCUCUCCCCUUUUCCUGAAGGACCUGUAAUGGCCUCCCCUGAGGCAGUCACCUUGUAAGGCACUACUGAAUCCUUGGAACUUACCACCACCACCUCCCUCCAUUUGCCAAUAAGAGUGAAAACAAACAAAGACGAAGUGAUAACAAUGAUACAUAAAUAGAGAGUAAAUGGAGUCCAAGUGUUCUAAAAUCUUUUCUUUGUCCAGAAACAGUUAAAGCAACAAUGAACAUUAGAUUGGGAUAAUUAAGAAAUGCAGAGUACAACCUCCAGAAUAACGGAAAUAAAGAAAUAGCAAAGGCAUAUCAAUUUAUAGAGGGAAAAUGGAAUAAUAAUUUUUAAAAUAAGUCAAUAAAAGGAAGCAAUAAAGAGACAAGUCAAAUACUAAUAUGGUAGAUUUAAAGUCAAGCAUAAAAAUAACUGCCCAAUGGCUUUUAUAUUUUAAGAGCAUUUUCAACUAAAACUUAGGCUUCUGCAGGAAUUUAGCAUAAAGUAGCCAGACCCAGCUGACCCACCAGCCAUCUGAAGAUACCUGAGUGAAUUCAGCUGAGCUGACCUGAACCCAAUCCAGGCCAGAAGAACUGCUCAGCUGAACCUAAGGCCAAACUGCUGAUAUACCAACUUAUGUCUAAAUAAGUGUUGUUUUUAAGAUAGGAAAUUUUAGGGUGGUUUAUAAUGUGUCAAGAGCUAAAUAAAAAGGUAAUUGAUAUCUACAAGUAGAGUGCUGUCCUAACAAAAACUGAAAUAUGUGUCAUUGGCUUUGUGACAAGGCAUUAGGGCAGAGGUUGGAAAAGCAGUGAGGAAACAGCAGAGGGUGAAAAUUAGCUAGGAAACUACUCCCACAGGCUACAGAAGUGUUAUGUGGCUUUGAAACAAUUUUCAAAACUGUAGUGUAUGGUAGCAUGGGAGAUAGAAAAGGCUCCAAAGAUCUUUGGGUCUGUGAAUGUGGCUCAGUGGUACAGCACUUGCUUAGUAUGUACAAGGUCCUGGGUUUGAUGGAUGGUUCAGUCCCCAGCACGGCAACAAAAAUGAUGAAAGUAC